AUGGCGGAGCUGGCAUGCCACGAAUGUCGGCGCCGGAAAUCUAAAUGCAAUCGGAUUAUUCCCUCGUGUCUGCUAUGCAGCAAAUUUGACAGACGGUGUGUCUAUGAGAGACAGGUUAAGACGCCUCUUACUAGACGGCAUUUAACGGAGGUCGAAGAGGAGCUUUCACGGACAAAGGCUCUCUUGCGGCAACUGCAGUCGGAACAGGAUGCAGGUCCUAGCUAUCAGAAGCGUAGUUCUGAGGACUUACAAGGUACUCGAUCAUCUAAUGAUGACAUGCGUGGGCAAAAUUUUGGUACUUUAGUCUCAUCGGUGGUUGUGUCCAGUAGGCAGGCCUCGACUGCAGAUGAAAGAGAUGGUGCUAUUGAUAGAACAGAUGAUCCACCAUCACUUGAAAGAAACUUGGCGCAAAACUACGAGACUCCAUCACAGCCCAAUGCUCGAGCAAGCCCGACUGGACCCACGGCUUCCAACCCUAAUCAACCCAUUCUCUCUCCGACCUCGUGCAGAACGUCGUAUCGUCGGGCAAAUGAUGGUCCCCGCGAGUCAGAGACGAAUUCUGUGAUUACAUCCGGACUGUCACUGGAAGCGCCACCCUCGUCUGGUAGUUUUGAAUGGGAUGAGCGGACUGGGAAAGCUAGUGGGGACAGGUUCGUCGAUGGGAUGGCCAGUUUGACAAGUCGUUCGAAUGAAGGGGGCUACCUUGGCGUCGCUUCAGGGGCUGCACUACUUCGAAUGACCGAUUCACGAUCUACUAAGGGUGUCGAUACGUACUGUCCCGAUCAACCGCCAGAGCCCACCGUCUACAGGCCUCCCGUAUCUUUUGCAUUGAUUUCACUAUCUCAGCUCGAGCCUUUUGUUGACGCAUACUUUCAACUAUAUCACUGCUCUUAUCCCAUCGUUCACGAAGCUACUUUCCGUGCCCAGUUCAUGGAGGUCGUUCCUAGACCCAGUGACAACGCAUGGCAAGUACUGCUUUUUGUGAUCGCCGCUAUAGGCGCUUUUACAACAGCCACACAACCUACAGACGUCGACAUUGGACUCUUUGAGGCAGCCAAAGCACGGCUAGCAAUUGAUGUCCUGGAGACAGGGAACUUGCUUCUCAUCCAAGCUUUGACUUUGAUUUCGAACUACCUGCAGAAAAGAAACAAGCCAAACUCGGGGUAUAACUACAUGGGUCUUGCCAGACGAAUUGCUAUGGGGAUUGGUUUACAUAAAGAGUUUCCGACGUGGGAGGCAAAUCUGCUGAUUAUAGAGAUGCGUCGACGCUGUUGGUAUUGUCUGUACAUUUUUGAUGUUGGGGGGAUUGUUACGUUUUCCCGGCCUUUUGACUUUCCUAAUGAUGGGAUUGAUGUUGAGUUGCCUAUGAAUGUGCAUGACAGUGACAUCACGGCUGGUUCAAAACAACGCCCGAGUCCGGCACCAGAAACGACGGCCUACACGCACCUACGAGCCCAGUCUACAUUUCACCUUGCGACAAGCCCGAUUUAUAUUCGAAUCAUUUCCUCUCCAUUCCCGUCCGCGACCAGCUUGAUCGAAAUGGAUGACCACUUGAUUGGUGAUUGGAUGGCCAGCUUGCCGCCAUUCUUCGCCGAGGGCGCACCACAAAAACCCAAGUUCCGGCUCUGCCAUUCCAUCCUCCGAUGGCGAUACCGCAAUUUUCGCAUCCUCAUGUUUCGACCGUUUCUGGUUAGCAGGCUUAUCAUACGGCCAGCAGAGGGCAUCCAAGACAGCGACCCCUAUGUCGACGUCGCCGUCCAACGAUGCCUCAACGCAGCCCGUGAGUCCGUCGAGCUCAUUUGCACAUUCUGGAUAGAACAUGAGAAAAACAUAAUGGCCUGCUGGUACGGCCUAUACUUCUUAUUCCAAGCAAUCCUAAUCCCGGUAAUAUGCCUACGAAACGAUCCCCAGAGCCCGCUGGUCUUAAACUGGCGGGACCAGAUAUUCAGAGCGAUGCCUGUCCUCGAGUCAAUGGGACGGCUUAAUCCUACGGCUCUUCGAUGUCUGGGUGUUAUUCGUUCGCUGUGUGGGACGUAUCUUGAUCCGAGUAUGGAUGGGUGGGGACGGCCCACGGAGGAGUCGCCGCAGACUCAGUUGGCGAGUUUGUAUCCGUUGAUGUGGCCGACGUUGGAGAUGGCGCAGCUUGAUGGGGUGGAUUCUAUCCUACAAGAAUCGACGAUUAUGGAUUUUAUGAAUCAAUUGCCAGGUUUAGAAUGA